AUGAGUAAAGGCAUAUGCCAUCGACUUCCUCCAAGCUGGGGGCGCCCCCUCCUGCUCAUUCCCUGGCCAGGCGCAAGGAAGGCCCAGGGAAGAGCAGUGAGGAGCAGCCCUGGAGGGAGGACCAAGGACAGGAAGAACUGCUCUGCUUCGUUGUGGGGAGACAGUGUCCACCUUCCCCGUGGCCCUGGGUUCUGUCCCUGUCUCACAGCUCCCCCUUUUCCAGGCUGGAGCCUUCCCCUGUUGGGCCAGCAGUAUCUGGACAUCCUGACCUCGUGGUACUGCAGCUUCCAAGCCUGCUGCGACAGCGGGGACUGCAGGAUCUCCAACAACUUCACAGGCCUGGAAUGGGACCUGAGUGUGCGACUGCACGGCCAGCAUCUAGCCCGGGAGCUGGUCCUGACGACGGUGAGGGGCUACUUAGAGCUGCCCCGGCCGGACAAGGCCCUGGCUCUGUCGUUCCACGGCUGGUCGGGCACAGGCAAGAACUUCGUGGCUCGGCUGCUGGCAGAGAACCUAUACCGGGAUGGGCUGCGGAGCAACUGUGUCGAGACGUUCAUCGCCACCCUACACUUUCCUCACCCGAAGUAUGUGGACCUGUACAAGGAGAAGCUGGCAAGUCAGGUCAAGGAGACGCAGGAGCGCUGCCCCCAGACCCUGUUCAUUUUUGACGAGGCCGAGAAGCUACAUCCGGGAAUGCUGGAGGCCCUCAGGCCACACCUGGAACUCCAGGCUCCCGAGAACCACAGGGUCGAGUCCCCGAAAACCAUCUUUCUUUUUCUCAGUAACCUUGGUGGCAAUACCAUCAAUGAAGCUGUCCUGACUCUGCUUCAGGCUGGAGGGGCCCGGGAAGAAAUCAGGCUGGACCAGCUGGUGCCCCGGCUCCAGGCCGAGAUGGAGUCCACGGACACUGGCUUUGGCCACAGCUGUCUUGUCAAGGAAAACCUGAUUGACUUCUUCAUCCCCUUCCUGCCCCUGGAGUACCACCACGUGAGGCUGUGCGCACGCGACGCUUUCCUGAGCCAGGGGCUCCCGUACACAGAAGAGGCCCUGGACCAGAUUGCCAAGAUGAUGGUGUAUAUCCCCAAGGAGGAGCAACUCUUCUCUUCUCAGGGCUGCAAAUCUAUUUCCCAGAGAAUUAGCUAUUUCCUGCCUUGAGGGCUCGAGGAAGACUUCCUGCAGCUGCGGGUUUUCCCCCACCAGGACCCUGGGGCCGGUCAGGAGGGCAGGCUGGCCUCCAGCCGUCACUCCCACACACAAAAGGUGUGUAAGAAGGGAAGGCCUUAAAUCAGAAACAGCCAACACUUUAAAUCACUUGGUGCCUUAAAGAGCCACAUUUUAAAAUGUGGGCCAGGUGGUUGGAGACAGCCACAGGCCAGAUGAAUCCCAAGGCCUGGCUAGCAUCUCCGCCCUUGCCUGCAGAGGCCCGGACUUGGGGGUGAGGCCAGAGGUCGCGGGGUCCUCAUUGACAGGGAAGGGAGACUCAAGCUCCGCUUACCAGUGGCCAGGCUGCACCUCGGGUGUGCAGGCACAGGGGCUUAGCUUUCAAGCUGUUCCCAGAGGGAAGCGGAGCAGGUUUGUGUAUGAGCGGAUCAGCAAAGAGCCUCAGGCUGAAGGAAAAAGUACGCAAAAGAAAAUUUUAUAUAUAUAUUUAUAUAUAAAUCAUGUCAGUGGAGAUUAAGAUUUGUACUCUUAGAUUUGAAAGAAUUUAAGCAAGGGGCUUUGACAUGGCUGUGUCACGUGUAAAGAUUAAAAGUUUGUAUUUUUCUAAAA